AUGACCAGUGACACACUGUUAUAUAAUGAAGAUGAAGUUACGGCAAUACUAUCACAAGUUACCGAACCAAGCGACUUCCUCCAGACCCCUGCCUCUGAGUUUAAGACUCGAGACCUGGAGCGAGAAACACGCCGUCUAUUGAAUUACGAAUUGCACAGCAUCACCCUUGCGGAAUAUUUAAAGACCAAAAGAAUCCCAAGAGGAUUGAGAAUCCGUACACGACCAACCUUCUUCAAGGAUAAUCCUGAGUUUUGCAUCAAGUUCGAGCAGAUCCUGAAUAAAUGUUCUUUUGACAUUAUUACUUUAACCUUAUCAUUUCUGCAUACAGCGAUUAUGGAUACCAAGGAACUUAUACAAGCAACAGAGAAUCAACUGAAAGAAAUAGUGUCGCCUGAUGAAUACACGCAAUUACAGCAAAGAAUUUCCACAAUCCUGACUGACCGUCGCAAGACGAUCGAAGCCACAAAAAGACAAAAAUUUCUGAGAGACACAGAGGACUACCGCCUUAAUCGCGUAUACAGAUGGCCCGAUUCGUCAUACAGACAAGCGACAGACAAACGUUCAUCAUCAAUGGACUCAUAUCGCUCUGCAUCCAGCGAUGAUUCACAUGCACAACGACGUCCUACACGUGGCCCAAGAAGAGGAAAUAGGACCGGUCCACCUCCUAUGCCAAGUAAUGUUACAACGAGAUCACAGUAUCUGACGAAGGCAACUUUCUUGCCGAAACGUUAUACUGUCGCAUGUAAAAAAUAUACCUCCAAUAAAUGUACCUUAGCAUCGAUUAUUUAA